AUGGCUAGAAGCAUAUACACUAGCAUUUUCAUGGUUGCUGUUCUCUCCUUUGCAAUAUUGAGUGGGAAAUCUGAAGCUGGUCGUCAGUUAUUGCAGGCCAAUAAUCCAAGUUUCCCUACAAUUCCAGGCAUACCAAGUAUCCCUAAUAUGCCUAGUAUUAUUCCAAAUAUGCCAAGUAUUCCAAACAUGCCAUCAAUUCCAAGGGUUGGAUCAAUGCCGCCAAUGCCAUCAAUUCCAAGCAUUCCAAGAGUUGCAAUGCCACCAAUUCCUUCAUUUCCUUCAUUCCCAAAAUUCCCUACUUCUAUUCCAUUUUUCACUCCACCACCCCCUAAGAAUUAA